GCUUCCCAAACAACGGCAAAAACGAAAAAACACAGCACACCACCCAACUCACAUCCACGCAGCAGCAGAACCCACUCCCUCAUCUCUCCUCUUCCAUUAACGUUUUCACGGGAUUUUUCCGUCUCUUUCCCCUUUCUUGCCUUUGUAUCCCUCUUUCUUGAUUCAUCCAUUCAUCCCAUUGGUUGCUUCAGUUGGUUUUUACCCUACAGAAAUUGGGCUGCUUUCAGUUGAUGCAAACAAGAUUCUCCUCCUCAUAGAUAUGCUCAUUUGAAGACACCUUAGCCCAAAAAUUACACACUUUCUCUGGAUUUCUCUUGCCUUUUUUUUUUUCUGGGUUUUUUCGUAGUAGAAAUCUAGUCCAAGAAUUUCAGAAACUAGCGAUUUUUUGAUUUCUUUGUUUCGUCCCGGUAUUUUCGUCACUUUCCCUUUGUGGGUGUGCUUGUGUUCAUGUGUUUUGGCGUAAAGAUUUGGUUUCGAGUGUUGAGGCCGUCAAGUUAGUUAGUGGGAGGGGGAGAGGGUGGGCCGUAAAGAUGAAGAUGAAGCUGAGAAAAUCAGUACUUUUCUUUCUGCUGGUGACAUUUCUUGCCCCUAUUGUUCUCUACACCGACACUCUUGGAGUCCAUUUCACUUCCUCUUCUUCUAGGAAUGAAUUUGUUGAAGAUGUUUCAGCCUUUACUUUUGCUGGUGAAGUUAGGCCUUUGAAUGUGCUGCCUCAGGAAUCAUCUACUACAUUGAAAGAGCCGUUGGGCAUAGUUUAUUUGGAAAACUCAGCCGAGUCCGGUUCCAAUUUUUCUGAUGAUUCUUCUGGAGAGAAUACUCGCAUUACUAGACAACUCACUGAAGAAUUAGCGGAAGAUAGAACUACAAACUCAUCCAGUUUGAGCAAGAAUUCUUUGGAUGAGAAUCCCAUAAGACAGGUGAUCGAUGUUGAGCACGAGGUUGAUGUUGAGACGGGGAAAGAAGCAUCAAAUGAAACCAAGUUGAGUGCUGUAGGAAGUGGGAGUGGACAAAUUGAUGUUAAGGAAGAAACAAGAUCACAGCUUCUUGACGGCAAAUCAGAAAAUGCCUUAGAGAGAAAGGACCGAAAACGCCUAAAGCACUCUUCGCAAACCUCUGGCAAAGAUACUUCUAGAGAACAAGUGAAGGCUAUAACUGAGAAACAGAGUGAACGGACAGUUCUGCCAGAUGCUCGUGUCCGCCAGCUGAAGGACCAACUCAUUCAAGCAAAGCUUUAUCUUUCCCUCUCAGCAACUCGAAACAAUGUCCACUUUAUAAGGGAGCUGCGACUGCGUAUGAAGGAAGUCCACCGUGCACUGGGAGAUGCCACCAAAGAUUCUGAGCUGCCAAAAAAUGCUUAUGACAAGUUGAAAGCGAUGGAGCAAACUCUGUUGAAAGGGAAACAAAUACAAGAUGAUUGUGCUGCUGUGGUGAAGAAACUUCGUGCAAUGAUUCAUUCAUCUGAGGAGCAGCUCCGAGUCCACAAGAAACAGGCCCUAUUUUUGACACAUUUAACUGCCAAGACAAUGCCUAAAGGGCUUCACUGUCUUCCUUUGCGCCUUACAACAGAGUAUUUCAUGUUGAACUCGUCUCAGCAGCAUUUCUUGAACAGUGAAAGAUUAGAUGAUCCCAAGCUAUACCACUACGCCUUAUUUUCAGACAACGUAUUUGCAGCAGCAGUAGUUGUGAACUCAACAAUAACCCAUGCAAAGGAUCCUUCAAAACACGUCUUCCAUGUUGUCACCGAUAGGCUCAAUUAUGCUGCAAUGAGAAUGUGGUUUUUAGCCAAUCCCCCUGGCAAAGCAACAAUUCAGGUUCAGAAUGUUGAGGAGUUCACAUGGUUAAACUCAAGCUACAGUCCAGUUCUUAAGCAGUUGGGUUCACCCUCCAUGAUUGAUUAUUACUUCAAAAACCGACGUGCUGAAUCUGAUCCUAACUUAAAAUUUAGAAAUCCGAAGUACCUGUCAAUCAUGAAUCAUCUCCGGUUUUACCUACCUGAGAUCUUCCCCAAGCUGAACAAGGUUUUAUUCUUAGAUGAUGAUAUUGUAGUCCAGAAAGAUCUCACUGGCCUCUGGUCUCUUGAUCUAAAGGAGAAGGUCAUCGGAGUGGUUGAAACAUGUGGAGAGAGCUUUCACCGGUUCGACCGUUACCUCAAUUUUUCAAACCCUCUUAUCUCAAGAAAUUUUGACCCUCGUGCUUGUGGUUGGGCGUUUGGGAUGAAUAUCUUUGAUCUGGAUGAGUGGAGGAAACAAAAUAUCACGGAUGUGUACCACAAAUGGCAGAGCCUGAAUCAAGAUAGACUGUUAUGGAAGCUGGGGACUCUUCCACCAGGCCUGAUUACCUUUUGGAAUCGCACUUACGCCCUUGACAAAUCUUGGCAUGUUCUGGGACUCGGCUAUAAUCCAAACGUAUCUCAAAAGGAUAUCGAACGAGCAGCAGUAAUACAUUACAAUGGCAACUUGAAACCGUGGCUUGAGAUAGCCAUACCAAAGUUCCGAAACUACUGGGCAAGAUUUGUGGAUUAUGAUCACCAAUAUUUACGGGAAUGCAACAUCACUCCAUAAACGCCACUCACAAUUUCUCAUUCAGAGAUCCCUUUUGGGAUUGCCCUUGCGUUUUUAUUGCAGGUCUGUGCAAUUAGGUGAUGAUGCUUAACUUUUCAAAGCGAAAGCAUAAGCCAUCUUGGUAUAUAUCCCUUAGCAGAGUAUACUGGCUUUUGAUUCAUGAUUUUCUUCAUUUAUUUUUUUACUCUUGAUCAAUGUAGAGCCGCUGAACUGCACUGUAUCUGUAAAUGGAUACAACACGACAUUUUUUUCCCAUUUUGUAGCAUGGUUUCCUGUAGUUCUUCCC